AUGGUGAUCAGCUGCUCUUUGACUAGUGGAGAAAAGGCAGCACUGGAGCCUGGUGAUAGAUAUGAAGCUUGGGGGCAUCAGAUUAUUGUUGGAGAAACUGCAGUGUUUUGCUUACAGAUGGCCACACGGGAUUUUGAAAACCAAGAAAAAACGAUAUUAACUGGAGACUGUUGCUAUAUAAACCCACUGGUGCGCAGGACUGUCAGGUUCCUUGGCAUUUAUGCAUUUGGACUUUUUGCAACAGACAUAUUUGUAAAUGCUGGACAAGUAGUAACUGGGAAUCUUGCACCUCACUUCCUUGCACUUUGCAACCCCAAUUACACAGCUCUGGGAUGUCAGCAGUUUACAGAAUUCAUCAGUGGUGCAGAGGCUUGCUCUGGAAAUCCUGAUCUUAUCAUGAGAGCCCGAAAAACUUUUCCUUCCAAAGAAGCAGCUCUGAGUAUAUAUGCAGCAACAUACAUCACUAUGUACAUCACCCACACAAUAAAGGCUAGAGGGACCAGGCUGGCAAAACCAGUCCUUUGCUUGAGCAUAAUGUGUAUGGCAUUUCUCGCUGGUAUCAACAGAGUAGCGGAAUAUCGAAAUCACUGGUCAGAUGUGAUAGCAGGAUUUCUAGUCGGUAUUUCAAUAGCGGUGUUUUUGGUGGUAUGUGUGGUUAAUAAUUUUAGAGGUAGACAACCAGAACAUGAACAGUCACACUUGGACAAUCUGGGACAGAUGUCUAUGAUCAGCAUCCCUCGGGUAGAACAUUCUGUAGUAAAGAACCACAUCACAGCCUUUGCAGAAGUCACAUGA